UGUUCAUAACCAUAUAAUCUGUCCUGAGAGGCCACUGUGUUCUGCUUCGGUUCCUGCCCGCCUCUAUUGUGAGCUGGGUUUGUAUUGUAUGAAAUGGAGCCUUUUGCUCGGCUCACCAAGGUCACAGCAUCACGACUGCCUCUGUGAGCAUCGCCCACAGGUGGAAAACACGUUUCCUCCCCACAACACACAGGAGGACGACUCUGUGCUGUUGCUACUUCACAAGCGAUCGCAUGUGGAUGACUAACACUGUGUAUACAAUGGAAGCACAACCACAUCCCUGUCUGUAUAGGGAGGUUAUUUGUGUUAGAAGCUUGGUGGGGCGAGGCUGUAUUGUUUGGUGGCGGACAUUCAUAUUCGUUAAAGUUCACGAAACUUAGAAAUCUGAUCUCCCACGGUGCAACUUUACAACCACGCAUUCUGCGCAUUGGUAUUGUUGUUUAAGGUAACUGUUUACAUAGCAAUCUGACCCAGACUUGAACAAUGCCACACGUUCCCUCAAAACAAAGUCAUGCAGCAUGAGGUGUUCUGUGACCUGCUAGGAGUUUGGUUGGGCUACUUAUGUGCUCCUUAGACACACUUGAAAGAUUUCUCAGGGAUUUAUGUAAGAAUGACUCUUCAUAUAGUGGCCCUAAAAUGUAUUAAGAUACAUACGCCUUUAAAUCCAUGCUUUGCCAAUUAUUGUCAAAUACAAUGAAAUUAAAAUGUGUGACAAACACCGCUGGUCCCAAUUGACUCCCAUUGUAUGGGCACAAAACACUUUUUCUCAAAAUAUCUUUUUUUGUGUUCUGCAGAAGAAAAUCUUGUUUAUUAAACAACACUAACAUAAAUAAAUUGUGCAAGAUUUGUCAUUUUUGGGUGAACCGUCCCUUUAAGUGUCCAGAUACUUUUUCAGGUCACUGUAUUUUAAGAGUCCAUUUUAUAUAGCUCUAUAGUGAUAAUCCCUAAUAUUAGCUGAAGGAAAAGAAAAAUAUGGAUGUGCUUAUAACAUUAAUCUAUGAAUUUGAGGAUAAAGUUGAUCUUAUGAAAUAUGACAGUGUAUUAUCCAGGCACUGGUAAUCAUUGAAAAGUUGCCGUGUUAUUUUUUGUUGUCACAUGUAUCCUAAGAUACACCUAUUCUCAGGUGUUCAUCACAGUAAACCCAGUGCACUACAGAGAGAUAAUUAUUCCCCAUGAGACUAGAGAAUGCUGGGAAAAUACUGCCAACAACUGUUCCCAUCUAUACCCCUCUCCAGGGACAGAGUCAUGAAGCAGAGAUGACGGGAGAAAGAUGAACAUACUCGGGGUCUGUAGACGCUGUGUCUGGGCACACGCAGGGUACAAUGAGUUUGAUGGAGAGUUAUGCGUUGUAGAGGUCUCGUAGGAGAGGGCAAGAUAUGGGUUGACCACAUUUGCACAGCAUUGGUUUAACCGGUAUACGAAGUAUCCGAUAAACAGUCGACAAGGGAGUAAAAUAUAUCUGAAAUGUUUAAUUUGUGUGACACUGGUAUCUUCACAAGAAAAUAUCACUUCUCUGAUGUCAGCCAGAUAAUAAGAGGUUCCAAAAUGAACACUCGCCAAGUGCCAAAUGUGAGAAAGAGUUGGUUUUACUGAGCAAAUAAAACAUUUCAUGGGGACAUACUGGGCAGUUGACCACUUUUUCAGGAGUGGCAACAUAAUAUAGGGUUUUAUUCACACUGUGAGGGACUAUAAAACAAAAGUGAACGAGAAAGUAAAACAAACUGCUGGCGAAACGUAUUUCAACACAAUCAAUAUAUAAUCUAAUGAAGAAAAAAGUAUUUAAUGAGAAAUAUAUAGAACAAUGCAUAGUAGUUUUAUAGUACACAGAAACUAUUUGUAAUAUUUAUUACAGUAAAUACAAAUGCCAAAUGCAUUUGAAUGCUUUUACUUCUGGAAAAUAUUAAUUGUACAGUUCUGUCUUUGGAAAUGUGGGUUUGUAUAUGGUGCUGUAGCAUACCAAUAGUCCUGUAGGCGGGUCAGCCGAUCCCUCACGGGUCAGAAGCCAAUUACAUCACCAUGACCGACUGACCGGACCAGAGGCCAAGAGAGGGGCUCACAUCACCGCCCUCAGCAACAACCACAACAAACAGUGUGAGAAAGAAAGGUUUUUGUCCGACCGAAUCCUGAAAGCCACACGGGUGGUGUACAGCACUCUGAUGGAGCGUAACCCGGGUCUCAUAAGAGACAGAAAACACCAUCUUAAGACCUACAGACAGUGCAGCUGCGGGAAGGAGCUUGUUGAUUGGCUGAUGAAACUGAAUGACUGUUUCCAGUCUCGGAGUCAGGCGGUCGGGAUGUGGCAAGUUUUGGUGGAUGAGGGCAUUCUGGGUCACGUGAAACAGGAGUUAAACUUCCAGGACAAAGACACACAAUUUUAUCGCUUCAUGGAGGCAGAAUUUGACCUUAAUAGCUCCAACAUUGAGAAAGACUCCAAAGAAGACGAGCUCCAGGAGAGUCUAUCACUGCUGGUCCAGAUGGGUCCAGAUGCUCUGCUGACUAUGAUACUGCGAAAAUGCCCAAGUCAAAGAUCUCCGGAGGACCUUGAAGUUAUUUACGAAGAGCUUCUUCACGUCAAAGCCGUGGCCCACUUGUCUACAUCUGUACGGAAGGAAUUGGCAGCAGUGCUGGUUUUUGAAAGCCAAGCCAAGGCGGGAACAGUCUUGUUCAGUCAGGGGGACAAAGGAACUUCCUGGUACAUCCUCUGGAAGGGCUCUGUUAAUGUCAUCACCCACGGCAAGGGCUUGGUGACCACACUUCAUGAAGGGGACGACUUUGGACAACUGGCUCUGGUGAACGACGCCCCCCGUGCCGCCACUAUCAUCCUAAGGGAGGACCACUGCCACUUCCUGCGGGUGGACAAGCAGGACUUCAUACGAAUCCUUAAGGACGUGGAGGCCAACACUGUCCGUCUGGAAGAACAUGGUAAAGUGGUUCUAGUCCUGGAAAAGAGCUCAGCGCAGGACUCCACCUAUCAGGGCGGAUCAGCAAACAGCAACAGGUAUACAGUAAUGUCAGGAACGCCAGAGAAGAUUUUAGAACACAUGCUUGAGACGAUUAAAUUGGAAACUAAUGGAAGUGAUUUUAUAGAUCCUAGCGUGAGUGACUUCCUCUUGACUCAUCCCGUCUUCAUGCCCUGCAGUCUGCUCUGCGCCGCCCUCCAGCAUCAUUACCAAGCAGAGCCGUCUGAAGGCACGGAUCUGGAGAAGGCAGCGUAUGCUCUCAAUACCAAGCAGAAGAUUGUAAAGCUGGUGUGUCAAUGGGUGGCUCUGUAUGGUUUGCUGCUGAGGGACGACCCUGUGGCUUCUGAAUUCCUGGAGAAAUUCAGAGAGGGAGUGAUGGCUGAUUCCAGACUCUCCACUAUGCUUAAAGAACAACUGAGGGACCGGAGAAAAAACAAAAUAACCGAGAAUGGAUGCCACACUUUAACAAAGCUCAACCAAAAGUUCGACUGGUUUUCUGCAUACGAGGAACCUGCAGGGAAAUUGCGAUCGAUUAGAGCUCAAGACAAAGUCUUGUACGAGAUCUUAAAACCGGACCAUAAAGUCAUAACGCUGAUGUUGUCAGUCGAUGCCUCUGUGAAGAACAUCUUGUCUACAUUAGUGGAUCCUGACAGCAACUAUGUCCUGGUGAAGAUGAAUUCUUCAGGAGACAGAGUCCAGCUCAAGUUGGAAGCCACAGCGGUCUCUGCCUCUCUUGGAGUGAACGAGAGGCUUUUUCUCUGUACUACAGACCAAGUGGAGCAACAGACCCCCGUAAAGGAGCAGCUCGGCCCUGAGAAAAACACCAUAGAUACGCUGGAGCAGAUGGGAUCCAAGGACAUCGCAGGCCAGCUCACCAGCUACGACUGGGAGAUCUUCAAUGCCAUGCAUGAGGUGGAGCUGGUCUACUACGUUUUUGGACGGGACAAGUUCCCAGGUGCCACCACGGCUAACCUUGAACGUUUUGUCCGUCGUUUCAAUGAGGUUCAGUAUUGGGUAGUUACUGAAUUGUGUCUCUGUGAAGAUCUGGUCAAGAGAGCAACGCUACUGAAGAAGUUUAUCAAGAUAGCCGUUGUUUUAAAAGAACAGAAAAACCUGAACUUAUUCUUCGCCGUGAUGUUCGGGCUCAGUAACAGCGCUGUUCAGAGACUAAAUAAGACAUGGGAGAGACUUCCAAACAAAACCAAAAGGAUCUACUGUGCAUAUGAAAGACUGAUGGAUCCAUCCCGUAACCACCGAGCCUACAGACUGACUGUCUCUAAACUCAGCCCUCCGUACAUUCCCUUCAUGCCACUGCUACUUAAAGAUAUGACAUUUAUCCACGAAGGAAACAAAAACUACACUGAUAAACUAGUCAACUUUGAGAAAAUGCGUCUGAUCUCGAGGACAGUGAAAACAGUGCGGGAAUGCAGAAGGCAACCUUACGUGCCUUCAUCUCCACAAAAGGGUCUGACAGAGAGAAUGUUCUUGGAUGCACAAGCAAUACGAAUAUCAACAUAUUCAGAUCAAUCUUUGAACCUGCGCAGUGCAACUUUUGAAAGACAGUACAUUCAAAACCUUAAAGUGAUUGACAAUCAGAAGAAACUAACUCAGCUAUCCAGAACCAUAGAACGCUGAGAAACCACGAGACGGCCUUUCUUCACCCCUGCUCUGCUCUACUCCAUAUUGGAGAAAAAAAAUGUAUUUCAGAAAUUUUAUGCGAUUUAUGGAAUCCGUGAUCACCCUACGUGUGGUUAUGUGGUGUUACAGUCAGUGCUUCAUGGACUGAGCUAAGCCAAACACUUCUCCAAAAAUGUUGUUGUGCCCCCUGUGGGCCAUAUCUGACACACACUAAACCACAAGCAAUGAAUUUCACUUUAGUGCUGCUGGCAAUAACUGUUAUUUAUACAUUUGUAUACUAUAACAUUGUUGAGUUUCUGUUUCUUGGUUGAUAAGCUUGAGAUAAACAUAUGUAGACACGUGGUCGCUGUAGUUUUAAAGAAAUAAUUAACAUCUGGUUGAAUUAUUAAAAAUGAAUGCACGGCUUUACACUAUUGAGUGACGUUUGAUGUGAAUUUUUAUAAUUCAACCUGUCAUGACCAAUUAUUCUUACCAUUACAGUAUUCUGGAUUAUUGAAAUGUUAACCAUUGAAGUUCAUUAAGAUGCAUUUGUAGAACAAACAACUGUGUGCAGAUGAUUAACUGCUGUAAAUACUAUUCUAAUGCCUUUGUCUAAACCAAUUAGUGCUGUAAGAUAGAACCACCAGUUUUGUAGACAGUAUAAAUAUAUAUAUGAAAGUAUAUCUUAUGCAUUUUUAUUAUGA